AUGGAGACCAAAACGAGACUAUAUCAUUGUGACGUGUGUUCGUCGGAUUGCACCAACCGGAUACGGAUCCAAUGUGCCAUAUGUGCGGACUACGACUUAUGUGUUCCGUGUUUUGCAUCAGGAUCGGCUACGGGCGACCACAAACCAUGGCACGAUUACCAAGUAAUCGAACAGAAUACGUAUCCGAUAUUUGAUAAGGACUGGGGUGCGGACGAGGAGUUGCUUUUGGUGCAGGGUUGUGAGACGUUUGGGUUGGGAAACUGGCAGGAUAUUGCCGAUCAUAUUGGCAACAGGUCGAAGGAUGAGGUCAAGAACCAUUACUUUGAUAUCUAUUUGAACUCGAAGGAAUAUCCGUUGCCCGAAAUGGACAAAGAUUUCAGUGAUAUCACUCCCAGCAAGUUCUUGGAACAACGGAAGGAGAGGUUGCAGUUUCGUAAAAACAUGCCCUUGCCACCACCCAAAUCGAAAUCAGUGGCAUCCGUGCCCUUAUGUCACGAAAUCCAAGGGUUUAUGCCCGGUAGACUUGAGUUUGAUGUCGAGGCCGAAAACGACGCAGAGGUGCCUGUCAAGGACAUGGUAUUCGAUCCCGAAGACUCGCUUGGAGAUAUCGAGGUGAAGUUGACCAUUUUGGAUAUCUACAAUUCACGGUUAACCACGAGAGCCGAGAGAAAGCGCGUUCUUCUUUUAAACAAUUUAUUGGAAUACCGUAAAAACAUCAGUAUAGAUAAACGGAAAUCGAAAGAGGAAAAGGAUCUCUUGAAAAAGAUCAAUGCAUUAAUCAGGAUCCUCACUCCCGAGGAUUUCAAUGACUUUAGUAGAGACAUCCUCACUGAACUUAAGUGCCGUAUUAGAAUACUGCAGUUGCAACACUGGAGACGUAACGGGAUCACUACCAUUGAGGAUGGUGGUAAGUUCGAAAAGGACAAGUUGAUCAGAAUGGCACAUUACCAAAGAAUGGGCAAUGGUGCUGGAUUAAAUGGAAGGAAUUCGGGGGCGAUGGGCGGACACACUCCAAUUCCUGCCAAUGGGCGCAAAAGCCACUCGUUGGCGAACUCCCCUCAACCAGAAUUCAAGCCAAAAAUUGGCAACACAAGGGCGCCUUUGGAUAUUUCACAUGCUGCAGAUUUCGAAUUGCUUUCGAACGAAGAAAAACAGUUGUGUGCUACCUUGAGGAUCCUACCAAAACCUUAUCUUGCUAUUAAGAAUCAAUUGAUGAAGGAAGCAGUGAAAAACAACGGUAUUCUUAAGAAAAAAGAUGCUAGACAAUCGUUGAAAAUAGAUGUCAACAAGGCGUCUAAGAUCUACGAAUUCUUUGUGCAGAUGGGUUGGUGUACUCAAGGGUAA